GGGUUUUGAGUUUUGACGCGUACCCGGGUACAGGGAUCUCCAGGGAGAAAUAACGUGCCGACGCGUAAAUGACUAAAUGACCUCACGACUCACGACUUCGCAUCCAGACAUUCUUUGACUUGCUCUGAUACGGAGUUUCCCCAACCCAAUUCGCUCAACACCAUAAAAUCAAAUUUAGCACCAUCAGGGCAUAGACAGACGAAAGGAGCGAUCCAAGUCACAAAUAGGAAUACCGACUAGACCACAACCUAACACCAAGGCUGCACGACGUCGACGUGGGCUACAGGCUACGCGGUCAGCAGAAGAGAACAUCCAGGACCAUCAAUUGCAAACCUCAGACGGCGCUCAACCCGACAAACUUAGCAGCACAGAAAUCGCAACCAUGGCCCCAGUCAAGAAAGAAAAGCCCGAAAUGAGUGCUUUCGAAAGAAAGCGUAUCGAGAACAUCGCUGCGAAUGAAGCAAUGUUAAAGGAACUCAGCAGCCAUGCGGAAAAAAUGGCGCCCAAGCCAAAACCAAAGCCAGUCUCCAAACCAAGAUCUACUACACGAUCAAAAAGCACGCCAGUAAAGAAAGAAACACCACGAGCUACGCGAACCAGUUCUCGGAUAGCAGGAAUCGAGGCAGAUAGCGAGACGGCGAAGCGCAAGGCGGAAGUGGAUUAUGAGUUCGCAAAGGAACAGGCAAAGGCAAAGAAGAUGCGUGUUUCGGGAGAUCUCAAGUUCAAUGAUAUGGUGGUGGAUGGGAAGAGUUUUAGUAAAGAUGAGGGGUUCCUAUCGGGGAUUAUGAGGGGCGCGCAACCCUAUGUCAGGACGUUUGAUGAGAGUGAUAUUAGGGAGACUACAGAUGAGGGAUUGAAGGCAUUGAGGGAGAAGAUGAGUGGUUUGGAGUUAUAUGAUGGUUUUGAACCUCAACGUAGGUUAUCUCUUUCUACUGUCUUCCUUGCUGUGGCACCUUCUCCAGCGUAUUUGGGACCACCACUAACAAGUUUCUAGAAAUCAAAAUUACACCAGAGAGAAUUUAUGCACUGGGAUUUCACCCUUCGCCAGAUAAGCCUUUAAUGUUUGCCGGAGACAAGAUGGGAACUAUGGGCAUUUUCGAUGCCUCUCAAACUCCAGACGUGAAGAAAGAAGACGAUGACGAUGAAGACGCUGAUGCUUCCGAACCAGCUAUCACUGCUCUGAAAUUACAUUCAAGGACAAUCACAUCCUUUGUUUUUCCCGCGGAUGGGAACCAUUUGUACUCUUCAUCAUACGACUCGUCAAUCCGAAAAUUUGAUCUCCAGAAAGGUGUGGCAAUAGAAGUCUUCGCGCCAAGUGACCUCGAUGAAGAUCUACCCAUCUCCGGCAUUGAAAUCGCUCCGUCAGAUCCAAAUCUUGUCCUGUUUACAACAUUGAAUGGUUCCUUUGGCCGACACGACAUGCGAACCAAAUCUACACCCACCCUGUGGCAAUUUUCAGAUAAAAAGAUUGGAGGUUUCUCAGUUCAUCCUUUACAUCACCAUCUCGUCGCAACUGGCUCUCUAGACCGCACCGUCAAAAUCUGGGAUCUAAGAAGUGCAAAGCAUGAAAGCGGAACCAACGAUAGCCCCAACCAAGUCGGCGAACACGAAUCCCGCCUCUCAAUCUCCCACGCCUCCUGGUCUGCAGCCGGCCACGUCGCAACCUCAUCCUACGACGACACGAUCAAAAUCCAUUCCUUCCUCGACGCGGGAUCUUGGAAAGUAGGUCACCAACUCGACGAAGACGCCAUGAAACCCACGGCGGUCAUCAAACACAAUAACCAAACCGGGAGAUGGGUCACGAUCCUCAAGCCCAAGUGGCAAGAACGUCCCGCGGAUGGAAUCCAAAAGUUUGUCAUUGGGAAUAUGAAUCGGUUUGUGGAUGUUUAUGGCGCGGAUGGCGAGCAGCUGGCGCAACUUGGGGGCGAGGGGCUUACGGCUGUUCCGGCGGUGGCGCAUUUUCAUCCGACGCAGGAUUGGGUUGCGGGUGGGACGACGAGUGGGAAGUUGUGUCUUUGGAUGUAA